GUCUCUAUACUGUAGAAACAUUGCAGCUUUAAGAGUCGAGUCUGCGCACUGAGGGACAGAGUUUAGUGGCUGGUCUGCAGUGAAAAUAAACCAGAAAAAAACAGGGAAUAAAGGAGCAUCGUUCUACCCAGAAAUAAAGACAGGACCUGAAGACUGGGAAGCAGGAGAAGAAGAAAAAAAACAACUGCACACGCACAGAGCGGGGAAUAACGGGAUCAAGCAUGGCUGGGAUGGGAGGAAAGCGGAGGAAAGCUGGGCUCCCGGGUUUCUGCUGGAAAACCUGCUAUUUUCAUAUAUUAUUCUGGGUAGUGUCAGUGUGCGGAGAGGAGAAGACCUUCAUUGUGGAGACAUGGCUGAAGAGCUACGGCUACCUUCUCCCGCACGACAUCCGGACAUCUGACCUGCGGUCCGAGAAGGCCAUGCAGUCUGCCGUCGCUGCCAUGCAGCGUUUCUAUGGGAUACCUGUGACAGGUGUGCUGGAUCAGACAACGAUAGAGUGGAUGAGAAAGCCUCGGUGCGGAGUGCCUGACCACCCUGGGAUCAGCCGGAGAAGGAGGAAUAAACGCUAUGCGCUGACGGGACAGAAAUGGAGACAGAAACACAUCACCUACAGCAUACAUAACUACACCCCCAAGGUGGGCGAGCUUGACACCCGGAAAGCUAUCCGACAAGCUUUCGAUGUGUGGCAGAGGGUGACCCCGCUGACGUUUGAGGAGGUCCCCUAUCACGAGAUUAAGAGCGAGAGGAAGGAGGCGGACAUCAUGAUCUUCUUCGCCUCGGGUUUCCAUGGAGACAGCUCUCCGUUUGACGGGGAGGGGGGGUUUCUGGCCCACGCCUAUUUCCCGGGUCCGGGGAUCGGAGGCGACACGCACUUCGACUCGGACGAGCCGUGGACUCUGGGGAACGCGAAUCACGACGGUAAUCGUGGAAAUGACCUGUUUUUAGUGGCAGUCCACGAGCUGGGCCACGCCCUGGGUCUAGAGCACUCCAAUGAUCCCAGCGCCAUCAUGGCUCCCUUCUACCAGUACAUGGAGACGCAGAACUUCAAGCUGCCCCAGGACGAUCUGCAGGGCAUCCAGAAGAUCUAUGGCCCUCCUGCUGAGAUGCUGGAGCCCACCAGGCCCUUGCCUACUCUACCGGCCCGUCGAUCCCACACCAACUCAGAAAGGAAACACGACCGGCAGUCCAGGCCCCCACGUCCUCCCUCGGGGGACAGGCCCCACUCUCCAGGGGCCAAGCCUAACAUCUGUGAUGGGAACUUCAACACUGUGGCCCUGUUCAGGGGGGAGAUGUUCGUAUUUAAGGAUCGCUGGUUCUGGCGGCUGCGUAACAACAGGCUGCAGGAAGGCUAUCCCAUGCAGAUCGAGCAGUUCUGGAAAGGACUCCCUGCCAGGAUCGACGCUGCCUACGAGAGGUCCGAUGGAAAGUUUGUGUUCUUCAAAGGUGACAAAUACUGGGUGUUCAAGGAGGUGACCGCGGAGCCGGGGUACCCCCACAGCCUGGUGGAGCUGGGCAGCUGUUUGCCACGCGAGGGAAUCGACACAGCCCUGCGCUGGGAGCCCGUGGGCAAGACCUACUUCUUCAAGGGGGACAGGUACUGGAGAUACAACGAGGAGAAGAGGGCAGCCGACCCCGGCUACCCCAAACCAAUCACCGUCUGGAAAGGCAUACCGGAGGCACCCCAGGGAGCAUUUGUCAGCAAGGAAGGCUUUUACACCUUCUUCUACAAAGGGAAGGAAUACUGGAAGUUCGACAACCAGAAGCUGACCGUGGAGUCGGGGUACCCACGCUCCAUCCUCAAGGACUGGAUGGGCUGCGACCAGUCGAUGGUGGAGAAGAACAAAGACCGUCACCUCCCACACGACGACGUGGACAUCAUGGUGACCAUCAACGACGCCCCCAGCACGGUCAACGCCAUUGCCGUGGUGAUCCCCUGCAUCCUCUCACUCUGCAUCCUGGUCCUGGUCUACACCAUCUUCCAGUUCAAGAACAAAGGCGUGCAGCAGCAGCACGUGACUUACUACAAGCGGCCCGUGCAGGAGUGGGUAUGACAGGCUCACCAGGGGUGGACCCGUUUUCCUUCAUAGAUUGUCACGAGCGCUGCAGGUGAACUGGACGCCAUCCUUUGAAAUGCCCCUACCACCUUACCAACGGAGGAGGGGAGGGGAGAGGGAGGGGAGGAGCUAAUGAAAGACCCUGGACUGAUUGAAUCAUGGGGAAUUCACUGUGCUUCUGGUACUGAGCAUGAGCAGAAACACACAGCAGGGGUGGGGGCUGACCUGUGCAAGCUGAGCAGCCUCGCCAUCCUUGCUUCUUUACUCUUUUCUGGGGCGUGCCAUCCUGUGUCGGGUCAUGUUGUCCACUUUUCCGACGCCUUCUUCUUGGACCUUCUGAAAGGAAGAAGCGCACCUCUGAGUGUUCUCAAGGCUCGCUACCAGCAUUCUUCUGUGGACCGCUUUCAUUUCUGUCUCUCAGAAGUCAACUUGGAAAUGGAUUAUAAACAACAUUUAAAAAAAAAUGUGAAACAAUUCAAAUGAGACCUAAACAAAAACAGUAGGUAGAAAGACCAUAGAAGAGGAAACCCAAGGGAUUUGCCAUGGAGCAUUGAAACUUUCCAUACAGUUUGUUCAUGGAUCAUAAAAGGGAAAUGAGGUUUUCUAUGAAAUGUAAUGACUCAUGGGCGAUUUCAGAAAUGACUUUGUUUUUAAGUUCAGUAACCAGGACUCUUGUAAGGCUUGAAUAAACUGUAGCUUGCUAGUUUUCAUUGCCGGUGACCUUGUCAGAAACAGCUGGUUAUUGAAUUGAAUGGGGGUGGGAGGUAGGGGGGUAGGAUUUUCUUUGUAUUAGUGUGGGUGGUACAACAGUUAGUAUCACUUGCCAGUAGCCGAAGGCUUUUGUUAGGAACCGUGAUCAACGUGCUCCAUUCUGAAUUCCUAUAGGGAUAAAUACCCUUAAGGAUUUAUUAACAGGAAUAAGUGGGGCCAUAAGAACUGCUAUAUCAAAGCAGCCUUAAAAAAACUUUUUUUUAAAAUAACUUUUGUCUAUAAAUGUUUCCAUCACUUGUCUUUGUAUCAGGAAGAAUAAAUCGGUUCCACAGCACAGCAGGAAAGUGAUUUAGUUCAGUGAUUUAGAUGAACUGCUCAUUGUCUUUUUUGAGGUAUCACAGAGGAAGAUCGCUGAACGCUGAAAUCACUGCGGAGUGUUGCAGGAGCUGAUAGCGGCUUGCCAGCGUUUCCUUGACUGAGACUUGAGAUUGAGGAUAAAAAAAAAGAACAAGGCUGCUUUAAACAACGACAUAAAGACUCUGAGGUUUAUCGCUUACAAGACCUCGGUAAAUGCUGAAGGUAUAGAGAGCGGUCCAGAGUUCCUGUAAAGACUGUUAUCAGUAACCUGCAGCACAGACCGCAGUAACUCAACGAUUUCCAUUAAACCCCAAGCUAUUGAAGGAGAGCUUGACCUGAACCAGGUCCUUUAAACAGAGCUGCGUGCGUUCAAGCGUUUCCUGAGUGAACCUGCGGGCCCCCCAGUGGAGAAAGGGACAGUGGAACAAAGCUUUCCUCUCCACGUUUCUCAUAGUAACCAGAAGCACUGCUCUGUUUAUUUCACAAUUGAAAAGAUACCUUGCUUCAUUCUACAGAUAUUUUUUUAUACACGAGAACAAACAAUAGGUUUCGAUUUCCAUUGCAAGAUUUUUAAUGCAUGGAUUUGUUAAACAACUUGCCUGUAACAAAGCUCAAAAGACUGAGGCCAACUUACACAUAACAACUGAACAAAUACAACCAGUGUCAUUGAUAACAGCGCCCUCUGAUAAUGUAAUCUCACUCACAGAGACUCACUCACUUGUAAAGGUUUUUUUUCUAAGCGCUUUGUGAAGUUAGGGGCUUGUUUUUAUAAAGCAGCAUCAUGCGUUUCUCAAUGGGGUGAAAAAAACCCACCAAUUGAAAGGAAUGAGAAACAACUCAACACUUCAUUCAACCCUCUGAAUUAAAAGCCUUCGUUGUCUAUUUCUGGGUUGAUACCUUUAUUGGGUGCAUUUCUCCUUUCUGAAUAAAAUGUGCUAUUUGUGUACGAACUGGAGUAAAUAGCUUUGAGAAUUCAGCCCGCAGCGUCCCAUGCCCAAUAAUGAACGAACACAAGUCUCUAGUUCUGAUAAUUUGUACAUAUAUCAUUAUGUUUAUUGAAUUCACCACUGCUACUUAACAUCAGCAAAAAAAGGAAAAAUCAGGAAGGUAAAAAGACAAAAAAACACCCACUGUUUAUAGCUGGGGCUUGUGAGCGGUCUUCAGCUGUUUGUGUGUGUGUUUUUAUUUCCUUGCUAACAACAAUUUGAAGUACAUCCAAAACAAAGCACUUUUCUUCCUUUUCAAGCGACGUGGUUGCGAUUGUCACUCGUACUGAACACAGCAAGGUGUUGGCUUAGCUUUUGGUUCCUUGGUUUGUUUGUUUUUUAACUCUACACUGUGAUGUAUCUAGGAUUCUCUCACCGUGUUGUAUUUCAAAUCAAUUUGUCAAUAAAAAUAAAGGGAGCCGUCAUAAAAACUUUC